CUGGGAGGAGAGUAACUGAAUAGAAAUGGAGACCGACCCGAAGAUCCUCGAAGCCCGAGCCCAACUCCGCGCCAAGCUCGGUGAUGGUGCUCAGCGAGCUGGAGGCAGAGGUUCAGCCCGUCUGAAUAGAAAGGCAGUCCAUCGCGGCUCGAGUGCUGCUAGUGAUGAUAAGAAGCUCUUCGGUAUGCUUAAGCGACUUGGAUGUCACGAGAUUCCUGGUAUAGAUGAGGUCAACAUGUUCAAGGCUGAUUCCAAUAUCAUUCACUUUGAGAGGCCGAAAUUCCAAGCAGCCAUUGGCGCGAACACCUUCGUCGUUUCUGGUGGUAACGCUGCUGAGAAGACUGUUGAUGAGCUCAUGCCUGAGAUCAUCCCUCAGCUCGGACCUGAGAAUGUUGCUAUGCUCAAGGAGAUCGCCAACCAGAUGAGGCUCGCCCAAGAGGCCCAGCAGAAGGCUAAGGUGGAGGAGGCUGCUGCUGAGGUCCCUGAGGUGGAAGGCGACUUCGAGGAGGCUUCCAAGGAGGAGGAGAAGCAUUAAGUUGAUGAUCUAUUGUCGUCC